CGGGAGUAUUCGCUCGAAUCAGAAAUACCGCGAAGCCCACCAAUCGUGGACCUUAAUAUAAUCCUUACAAAUAUAAACGAACAAAACCAUGGAGGUACAUGUGGGAUGGCCAAAGCUGCUGAAGAUGGGAGCCCAGUUGGUGGGCCACAAGGUGCAACAGUACCGGCUAUCUACGAGUCACACAGUGAUUUUGGACACCAAAUACGGACAGGUGCGCGGACUCCAAAGGAAGACGGUCUAUGAUAAGGAGCCGUACUUUGCCUUCGAGGGUAUUCCAUACGCCAAGCCCCCCAUGGGUGACCUCCGAUUUAGGGCUCCUCAGCCACCGGAACCCUGGCAAGGAGUGCUCAACUGCACUAGCAAUAGAUCCAAGCCCAUGCAGAGGAACAUGCUUCUGGGAAUUGUCGAGGGCAGUGAAGAUUGUUUGCACCUAAACGUUUAUGUGAAAGUCCUGAAGUCGGAAAAACCGCUGCCCGUAAUUGUGUGGAUUUAUGGAGGUGGUUUCCAAAAGGGCGAGGCCUCCAGGGAUAUUUACAGUCCCGAUUACUUCAUGAAGCAAUCAGUGGUAUUCGUCUCUAUCAACUACAGGUUGGCAGCACUAGGUUUUCUCAGUCUAAAGGACCCGAAGUUGGAUGUUCCUGGAAAUGCGGGACUUAAGGACCAAGUAAUGGCUCUACGUUGGAUAAGCCAGAAUAUCGCCCACUUCAAUGGCGACCCGAACAACAUCACAUUGAUGGGAGAAAGUGCGGGAUCUGCUGCUGUCCACGUGAUGAUGACCACGGAGCAAACACGUGGUCUCUUCCACAAGGCCAUCAUGCAGUCGGGAUGUGCCCUCAGCGAAUGGAUGGAGAGUCCGGAUAACAAUUGGGCGUUCCGGUUGGCCCAGAACCUGGGCUACAAGGGCGACGAGAAGGACGCGGAUGUCCUAAGUUUUCUUAGUAAGGUUAGCGCUCGUCAGAUAGCGGCUGUUGAUCAGAACGUUAUCAGUCUAGAUGAGGUCCGGAGCUUCCUAUUAUUCGCCUUCGGUCCUGUGGUAGAACCUUACGAAACCGACCAUUGUGUGGUGCCCAAAAGACACAAAGAUCUGUUGCCCGGAGCUUGGGGCAACGACAUUCCCGUUAUUGUCGGAGGGAAUUCUUUCGAGGGCUUAUUUUCGUACCAAUUGGUUAGAAAUGAUCCUUGGGCCUUGAAAAACUUUCACAACAUCCUGCCAAGGGAGGUUAGAGAAACCAGCAGUCUGGAAGGGCAGGAUCUUCUUGUUCGGCGACUAAAGAAACUCUACUUCAACAACGAGAUGCAAGAAUCAAUGGAAAUGUUUGAGGCCCUAAAUAUAUUUUCGCAUCGCCAGAUUUGGCACGAUACGCAUCGCUUUAUUCUCGCCCGCCAGUCUUAUGGCCCCAAAACUCCUACCUAUCUAUACCGUUUCGAUUUCGAUUCCCCGCACUUCAAUCAAUUCCGGCGAUUGGUGUGCGGCGAUCGGAUUCGUGGAGUUGCCCAUGCGGAUGAAUUAUCGUACCUGUUCUACAACAUCAUAGCCUCCAAACUAGAUAAGUCGUCGAUGGAAUAUAAAACCAUAGAGAGAAUGGUGGGCAUGUGGACGUCGUUUGCCUCCAGUGGAAAUCCGAAUUGUCCAGAACUCGGGUCUACUAAAUGGGAACCCGUACAGCCGAUGGAAAGCGCCGUGGAGAAGUGCUUCAACAUCAGCCACGAUCUUGAAAUGCGAGAAUUGCCGGAGGCCGAAUGCCUGGCGGUGUGGGAUACAUUUUAUCCCAGAGAGUCUCUCUUCUAGUUCUCAAAUAUAAAUACAAGGUCAAGUGUAAAUGUUUUAUUCCUUAGUAUCGUUUGUAAAUUCCGCUUUAUCUUUUGUCUUGAUAAUGCAUAAAUACAUAUAGCUACUUGCUUUUGAUAAUAACAAAGACUUCCAUUUAAGACUUCUAAAAUAAUCACAAAUUAAUUGCUAAUUAUAAAUUUUGCACUUAUGUGCUUAUAGAUAAGGAAGUAUUUUGGUUGUAGGUCGUGCAUAUUUUUGAAAAGCACAUAUUUAUAAAUAGAAAUUAGAGAUUGGGUACUUAUUUUAAAGGUAUUUACCCCUUAUUUAUACAAUUAUUGACAGAAUUAAACUUUUUUUUAAGCUUACCAUUGAAAUAGAUUUGCAACUGGCAUUAAAUCUCAUUAUAAUCGGCAAACAUCGUUGAGUCAUUGCGAAGAUCAAGUUUAAGGUCAUUUAAUGGAAAACUACCUGGCAAGGCGAAUUGCUUUUUGCGUUGUGUGUAAUGUGUAUAAUCAUACAAACAAGUUUUAUUUAACUAGAUUAAACCAUAUAAAUAUUGAUUAAGCAAAAUCUAAAUAUAUAUCUAUAUAAAUCUAAAUAUAUAUUUUUUUAAAACCUAAUUUCCCAAUGUUUACCUGUUUCUCCUUUGCACUUCCACAAGCUGAGUAACGGGUAUCAGAUAGUCGGGUACAUCGACUAUAGCGACUCUCUGGAUUUUGAUAAAAGCAGGCUAAGGAGGGCUAAGCAGGCUAUUUGAACGACCAAUGAUAAUUAAAUUACAUAAUUCAUUAAAAUAAUUUUCAUUUUCCUUAUUGGCGAAACCCAGUUGUUAUUUAUUUACAAAGUGCACAAACAAA